UUACUGACGUGGGCGUAACGGGGCAGUUGCGCGAGGCGUGACUUGGUCUGCAACUCCACUGAUAAUCCUGGAUGUAGUGAAGGUCUUGUCGAGAAAGUCCACUGAAGAAAAAAAGGAAGAAAACUUCGGAAGACCUGCAGAUACCGGGUCAGGAAUACCGCUCGCUGACCACUGCAUCAGCGAUACAAAGUGAUAUCCGAAGUCCCUUUUUUGCUGGUUUUUCGUCUCCAAAUUUCAAAUUACGUAACUGCUGAGUCUCUGAGUAGCCGCAGCUAUGCGAGCCCCCUGUUCUCUUACCUGCUGUGUGACCGCCCUCCUGAGCCUGUGGGCCCUGUGCCAGGCUCAGUAUGACCAAUGGGGAUACCCGCAGGGCUACGCCGAGCCCGCGGAGGAGCACUACAAGGUCCCGGAGCUGCCCCCGGACACGCCCAGGAUCCAGCUGCGUCUGGCCGGGGAGAAGCGCAAGCACAACGAGGGCCGCGUGGAAGUGUUCUACGAGGGGGAGUGGGGCACCGUCUGCGACGACGACUUCUCCAUACACGGCGCCCAGGUGGUGUGCAAAGAGCUGGGCUACCUGGAAGCCAUCUCCUGGUCACCGGGCUCCAAAUACGGCAGAGGAGAAGGCCGUAUCUGGUUUGACAAUGUCCACUGUACGGGGAAGGAGAAGACCCUGGCCCUGUGCUCCUCCAAUGGCAUCGGGGUCUCCGACUGCAAGCACACGGAGGACGUGGGGGUGUUGUGCAGUGACAAGAGGAUUCCAGGCUUCAAGUUCGUCAACACCCUCACCAACAGCGUGGAGAGUCUGAACCUCCAGGUUGAGGACGUGCGAAUCCGAGCCAUACUGGGAACCUACCGCAAGCGCAUCCCCGUGACCGAGGGGUAUGUGGAGGUCAAGGACGGGGGCAAAUGGAAACAGAUCUGCGACGAGCACUGGACACUGAUGGACAGCCGGGUCGUCUGCGGCAUGUUCGGCUUCCCUGGGGAGAGGAAGUACAAUGCUAGAGUCUACAAGAUGUUUGCCCGCAGAAGAAAACACAACUACUGGGACUACUCUGUGAACUGCACCGGGACCGAGGCCCACCUGUCGAGCUGUAAGCUGGGGCAGGCUCUGCUGGAGAAGGGCAACGGGAGCUGUGGCCAGGGCAUGCCUGUGGUAGUGAGCUGCGUCCCUGGGCGCGCCUUUGCCCCGACCUCUAUGGCAGGCUUCAGGAAGGCCUUCAGGCAAGAGCAGCCGCUGGUGCGCCUGAGGGGCGGGGCCAUCGUGGGUGAGGGCCGGGUGGAGGUCCUGAAGAACGGCGAGUGGGGCACCAUCUGCGACGAUAAAUGGAACCUUCUCUCCGCCACCGUAGUGUGCCGAGAGCUGGGCUUUGGCACCGCUAAGGAAGCCCUGUCUGGUGGACAGCUGGGGCAAGGAAUGGGCUCGGUCCAUAUGAACGAAGUGGGAUGCUCUGGAUUCGAGAAGUCGAUCACAGAGUGCUCCUUCAACAAGGAGUCGCUGGGCUGCAGCCACGAGGAGGAUGCGGGAGUGAGGUGCAACGUUCCCGCCAUGGGCUUCGAGCAGAGGCUGCGUCUCAGCGGUGGGCGGACCCCGUUCGAGGGCCGCGUGGAGGUGCUGGCGGAGAAGAACGGGUCCCUGGUGUGGGGCACGGUGUGCAGCGAGGGCUGGGGCACCAUGGAGGCCAUGGUGGUGUGCAGACAGCUGGGCCUGGGAUUCGCCAGCCACGCCUUUAAGGAGACUUGGUACUGGCAAGGAGCGGUGAACGCGGAUGAUGUGGUGAUGAGUGGAGUGAGGUGUUCUGGGACAGAGAUGUCCCUGGCACAUUGCCUGCACCACGGAGCACACCUCGACUGCCCAAAAGGAGGGGCCCGCUUUGCAGCUGGAGUAUCCUGCUCAGAAACGGCCCCCGAUCUGGUGUUGAACCCUCAGGCGGUGGAGCAGACCACCUACCUGGAGGACCGGCCCAUGCUGAUGCUGCAGUGCGCCUACGAGGAGAACUGCCUGUCCACCACCGCCAGCCAGGCCCCCGCCAACUCCUACCGCCGCCUGCUGCGCUUCUCCUCCCAGAUCCACAACAACGGCCAGGCCGACUUCCGCCCCAAAGCCGGCCGCCACACCUGGAUCUGGCACGACUGCCACAGGCACUACCACAGCAUGGAGGUGUUCACGCACUAUGACCUGCUCAGCCUCAACGGCACCAAGGUGGCGGAGGGACAGAAAGCCAGCUUUUGUCUGGAGGACACCGAGUGCGAUGAGGGCAUUGAGAAGAAGUACGAGUGCGCCAACUUCGGUGAGCAGGGAAUCACCUUGGGCUGCUGGGAUACGUACCGCCAUGACAUCGACUGCCAGUGGGUGGACAUCACAGACGUGAAGCCUGGGGAUUACCUCUUCCAGAUCAUAAUCAACCCAAACUAUGAAGUGGCGGAGACAGAUUUCACCAACAACGUGGUGAAGUGCAUGUGUCGAUACGAUGGUCACAGAGUAUGGAUGUACAACUGCCAUAUAGGUGGCUCGGUCGGUUCUGAGACUGAGGACAUGUUCCCCGGGCUCCUGAACAACCAGGUGACACACAGGUAAAAGGACACAGAGGGAGAGAGCACAGGAACUUGACUUACAUCCCGGACAACAUCCAACAAGACUGCCAGCCCCAUUCGCCCCCAAACAACAGACCUCUCCAUUCCCUUGCUCUAAGUGCUGGAAGAAUGACUUUCUUAUGAACCAUACAGUGAGCACCAGAAAGCAGUCAACCUCUUCACCCUUCACCACUCUCUUUAGCGUCAACAUUGGAAGCAAGCUCUCUAUGUAGGAUUCUAAUCCCAAUCAGGACUCCAAUUCAAAUUAGAGGCAGCCAUUUUAGACCGCUUUCUUGCCCCAUAAGGAGGCCAGUGGGCCCUUUCACCCUUGAGUUUGAAACCUUGUGCAAAUUAGCAGAGCAAAGCCCUUUUCUUUUUAAAAUUCAAUAUUAGUAUUGCCAUGGGUCUUCUCUGAAGUAAGCUCACUUUACUAUGUAAAAAGGAAUUCUAACGCACUUUUGAGCUUGUGGUACACACAAUCCACAUGCUGAUUUCUUUUGAGCAUCUGUGAAUCUAGGGGGAACAUUCUUCAUGUAUAGAAACCAAAUUCAUGUUUUAUUAUUCAAUUCGACAAUAUUUAAGUGCAUUCAUGACAGCCUAGCUGUACGAAACCAUAAUUAUGCCAACAACGUUUUUACAGAGGUACUUCUGCAAAUUAUGUGGGUACCACACAGGGGGCAUUAACUAGGUUGGAAGGUGUUUUUGUAGUCGAACGCAAUCACCGGAAAUUUGGGGGGAAAUAGUUGGAUCUGCUAUUCCCCCAAGGAUCUGAAGGGGUCUGAAAUAUUUGGAAAGGUUUAUAAAGGUUUGUAGCAAGAUGGCUGGUAGAUGGCUAAAGUGCUGGUAUUCAGUAUGUCAUGUGCCAGAGUCAGUGUUGCUACGUUGCUAGCUAGAUAGAUGGAAUUUCCUUGAGUUUGUUUAUUUCAGGUACCACAGCUAUGUAGAUUAUAUAUUCAUAAAUAAUUCAAGAUAAGUUACACAUUCAGAGAAGUAAAGUUAUGUUUUUAAUGGCCAUAUUGGCAGCAGUUAUGGGAUGGGAGCCAGCAUUAGCUUAAUGCAAAUACAGUAGCUACUUACAUAGCUGUCAGUGAUAAAUUGGAACAUGCAUUUCCACUGAUCCUUUAAGAACAGAAAUGAACAAGAUAUAGGGUAACACAUUGUAUGUCAACAGAGAAAGGUGGUUGCCUGUGCAAGAUGGAUUGAACCAAAUCACACCAUAUUGUAAAAGGGAAGUGAUUCUUGCACCGUUCCAGAGAGCCCGCAUUUGUAAUUUUUUUGUCAAUGAAAAAGAUUUCCUCAGAUUUGAAGCCAUAUUAAAACACCUGACUGGACCGAAUGAAAAACACUUGGAUGUGUUCUGCAUUUAGUACUGCUGGGUACACUUUAUGUUGGGGUCAUUCAGACGGACCCUAUGAGGGAACCUUGGAAAAGUAACAAUGCAAAAGUGGGCUUCACUUAUACACAUAACAUCUUUGAAUAUUUUGGAAAUGUGUACCUCGUAAAAGUCCAGUGGGAAUAAGAUCAAUGCCAGUUUUCCAGCUUCAAAAAUAUGUAUAAAUCUCACAGACUUAAUUUAUAAUGGAAAUGCCUCAGCACGGAAUUGUAAAUAAGGUCACAAGAAGCAAAGAGCAACAGUGACAGGCUAGAUAUAACCACAUUUUUACAAAAAAAUAAAUUAAUAAUUCAGUGAUAAUAUAUUUCCCAUGAACAUAACUCUCAGGCACAAAUGAACAACAUUAAUGACCCAAUAUCAUGUGUAAAUGUGUACCACUUCACCAGGGGGAACCUGGGCUUGGAAUAUUCUGGUGUUUAUUUUUGGUAUUCACUUGGGCACGUGAAGCCGAUGAUAAAUUGGGCAUAUAAAUAAUCACAUUUUUAAAAAGGGCUGUCCAAUUAGAACACACAGAGCUAUGCAUCAGCCAACGUACAGGAAUAAAGUCAGUAUGUGUGCACAGCCAUAACACACUGAGGAAAGACACUACACAUUUUAAAAAGCUGCAACAUAAUCAAAAUCAUCUAGGCUUUACCGAGAAAUUAAGGAUCUUGUCUUAAAACAGAAAUGUGCAAUUCUGUUUUUUCUUCCGAUCAUUGCGUUUGUCUCCUAUUGUCUUGAUGAACCAUGUCAUUUUUUUUCCAGCAAGCUUCUUAAGUAAAUUAUUGUUGCAAAUGUCAGGGAUUCCAAACGGAAUGAGUUAUUUUCAGUUUGUUUAGAAUAACCAAAGUCUCAGCUUGAGUGUGAGAAUGUCUUCAUUAUUGGAUAAUUUUCUUUUUUUUUCUUUUAUAAUGGUGCUACCAAACUGUGAUCCUCUGUUUUAUGAGGGUACACAUUUCCAGCUGAAUGGUUAUGUACGCUUAUACUUGAAUGGACAAUAAAAAUCCAUAUUGUGCUUUUUGUCUGCCGUAAUAAAAGGAUGAAUUACUGAGUGAA